AUGCUCGGCCAUAUGCUGCUGCUGCAUGCAGGGCAGGUAUUUGAUUAUGCUGCUGCCUUAGCAGCAAAGGGGGGCCCCCAGGGCAGCAGCAGCCCCUUGCAGGGUGCCUCCGACCUUUUUUUAAUAGCGGGGGCCACCCAGGGGGCCCCUCUAGAGGGCCCCCAGAAGUUGAAGUCGCUGCUGCUGCUGGACCUGCGGACAGCUGCUGCUGCUGCUGUUGAAGUCUUAGGAUCUGUUACUCGAGACGCGCUCUUCUCGUGCGCUCGUUGGCGUUUGGUGGUGGAGAUGCAAAAGCGGCUGUUUGCCUCCUUGCUGCGCCAAGAAGUCGCUUUUUUUGAUGCCAACAGCACAGGAACACUCGCAAGCCGUAUCGUUAACGACACGGAAGACAUGCAGCAAGUGGUAACAAGUGGAGCUCAACAGCUGUUAUCUGCCAUUGUAAAUGCAUCUGUGGGGGCAUUUUUAAUGUUUCGACUGUCACCACAAAUGGCGACGCUCGGGAUGCUCGCCGUCCCCUGCGUCCUAGUUGGCACAGGGGGAGCAGCAAGAGCUAUCGGGAACCUAGGGUUGCUACAGAACGAUCUGUUGGCGAAUAUAUCUGCGAUUGCCACGGAGGUCUUGGCUAACGUAAAUACAGUAAAGGCUAAUGGUGCAGAGUCCAUGGAACUUCAGCGCUACAACGCAUGCCAAGACGCGUCGUUACGUGUCUUGAAGAAGGGAAUUAUUGCAGAGUCCUUCUUUAAGCAGGCAAAGCAGCUGCUGCUGCUAGCUACUGAUUUGGGGCUGCUUACAUUCGGCAUGCGUUCAGUCGUCCGUGGUGGUCUGACCAUUGGUCGGUUUAUGUCUUUUAGGAGUUAUUUACGUAAAUUUUAUCUUGCCUUAGAUGCAUUAACAGACAUUUAUAAAGACAUGCAUUAUUCUCUGGUUGCCUCCGAGAGAUACUUCGAGCUUAUCGAUAGAAACCCUAAUAUCCAAACCCCACAAAACAAACAGGGACCCCCUGAGACCCUCGGAGCUCUCGGGGCCCUUAGGACCCCUUUCGGGUCCCAGGCGGCUGCUAGCUGCUUGGAUCCAAAGGCUGUAGACGCCCAAGGAAGGGGCCCACAUGGGGCCCCUUCUCAAGCUGGAUCCCUUCAGGGGGGCUCUCUCCUAAGGGGCCCCAUACACCAGGGGGGAGAGUUGUUUGGCAAGGAAGGGAGACUAGAGCCAGCCAGUCUUGAGUUUAGAGACGUACAAUUUGCUUAUGAUACCGGGGCAGAUACUGCACAAAAAGGGGCUCCCAAUAACCAUCAGUGGAUACUGAAGGGCCUCUCUUUGCGCGUGCGCCCAGGAGAAGUAUUGGCAUUGGUGGGGCCCUCAGGUGCAGGCAAAUCUACCAUUGUUAAACUCGCCCAACGCUUCUAUGACCCACAGGGAGGUGGCGUAUACUUGGAUGGUUUAAACAUUCGUGAUUUAGAUUCACUAUUUCUUCGUAAGCAAAUCGCAUUUGUUGAACAACAACCUCUUCUCUUUAAAAGAAGUAUUGCAGAUAAUAUUGCCUAUGGAUUAAGGCAAAUCCAAUCCAAUACAGAUUCAUGGAUUGAACAUGCUGAGGCCAAGCAGCAGCAGCAGCAGCUUCAACAGCAGCAGCUGCUGCAGUAUGAGCAGCAGCAGCAACAGCGUACAAGAGAGGCUUCCUAUGAAUCCGAGUUGGCUCGUACGAUGCUGCAUCCUGAUGCAGCAGCAUGGCCUCGUGGUUUACUAGAGGAAGUUGUGGCAGCAGCAGCAGCAGCAAAUGCGCUGCCUUUUAUAUCGCGCUUACCUCAUGGUGUCUUUACUCUUUGUGGCGAUGGAGCAGCACGCCUAUCAGGGGGUCAGAUACAGAGGAUUGCUAUUGCCAGGGCUUUGUUGCGUUCUCCUCGUCUUUUAAUUCUUGACGAAGCAUCGAGUAGUCUCGAUGCAGAGAGCGAAGCAGCGCUAGCAGAGACUUUAAGAAGGCUCAAAGGCAAAACCACCGUCAUCACUAUCGCACAUAAACUCUCCAGCCUAAGGGAAGCAGAUCGUAUUGCUGUCAUAGAAGACGGCCGUCUAGUAGAGGAAGGCAGCAGAGAGGAUUUGCUGCAGGCAGCAAACUCUAAGUAUCGACAGCUGCUGUUAGAUGCUGCUGCGGCAUAA